AGUGUCGGAGGGGAAAAAAGUGCACAAGCAAGCAGAACUGAGAAAGUUCAUAGAGCCGAAGUGCAAGACGUCCCGUUAAGGAGAGAAAAAAAAAUCCUGCAGAGGAGCAGAGGCAACACAAGCUGAAGGACGGACUGAAAGGACCACAACUCAGAACAAACAGUAUUCAACACAAUUAAGACAGUGUCAACCUGAGAAAAAUGGGCUUUCCGACGAUAUUAAGUUGUCGUCGGAUUGUUCUCAAAGCGUUUUUGCUUCACUUUAUAGCUUUUCAAACAGCAAAUGCUCGUCCUUCUCCUAUUAUCAGGUUUCCCGGAGACGACUCUCCCAAAACAGACAAAGAAGUUGCUCUGCACUAUCUCAAUAAGUUUUAUGGAUGUCCACAAGACAGAUGCAAUCUUAUGGUUCUCAAAGACACCCUGAAGAAAAUGCAGAAGUUCUUCUCUCUGCAAGAAACUGGAGAGAUUGAUUCCAAAACCGUGGAGAUCAUGAAAAAGCCCCGCUGUGGCGUCCCAGAUGUCGCCAAUUACAACUUCUUCCACAGGAAACCCAUGUGGCAGAAGAACGACAUCACAUACAGAAUUCUGGGUUACACUCCUGAUCUGGAUGAGGAAGUCAUAAAUGAUGCUUUCUUCAGAGCCUUUAAAGUAUGGAGCGAUGUCACACCACUCUCUUUCACCCGCAUCAUGGACGGAGAGGCUGACAUUAUGGUUAAUUUCGGCCGCAAUGAGCAUGGAGACGGUUACCCUUUUGAUGGCAAGGAUGGACUUCUGGCUCAUGCCUUUGCUCCAGGGCCAGGAAUUGGUGGAGAUUCCCACUUUGAUGAUGAUGAGCAGUGGACCCUGGGAGAGGGCCAAGUGGUGAAGGUGAAGUUUGGCAAUGCUGAUGGAGAGUUCUGUAAAUUCCCCUUCCUGUUCAUGGGCACUGAGUACAACAGCUGCACGUCUCAGGGCCGCGAGGACGGUUUCCUGUGGUGCUCCACCACUUACAACUUUGAUGAAGAUGGCAAAUAUGGUUUCUGCCCUCAUGAAUUGCUAUUCACCCUGGGUGGGAAUGGAGACGGCGCUCCAUGUAAAUUCCCCUUCACCUUUCAGGGGGAGAAGUAUGACAGCUGUACCACUGCAGGGAGAGAUGACGGUUACCGCUGGUGUGCGACUACCGAGGAUUAUGACCGUGACACAUCCUAUGGCUUUUGCCCUGAAACCGCAAUGUCGACAGUGGGAGGAAAUGCAGAGGGAAGCCCAUGCGCCUUCCCUUUCACCUUUUUGGGAGACACCUAUGAUUCCUGCACCACCUCUGGACGCAGUGAUGGCAAGAUGUGGUGCGCUACCACCAAGAGCUACGAUGAUGACCGCAAAUGGGGUUUCUGUCCUGACCAAGGCUACAGUUUGUUCCUGGUGGCAGCCCAUGAGUUUGGUCAUGCCCUUGGUUUGGAGCACUCUCAGGACCCUGGAGCACUGAUGGCUCCUAUUUACACUUUUAUUAAAGACUUCAGACUGCCUCAAGAUGACAUCAAAGGCAUCCAGGAGCUCUAUGGUGUGCCAACAGACAAGCCUUUGCCUCCAACUCAGGGUCCUGUGACUCCAAUGGACAUCUGUAAAGAACCAGUUGUCUUUGAUGCUGUUGCACAGAUUAGAGGAGAAACCUUUUUCUUCAAAGACAGGUUCCUGUUCAGGUCAGUCAACUUCAGAAGCAAACCGACCGGCCCUAUGCUGGUGGCCACCUACUGGCCUGACCUGCCUGGCAAGAUAGACGCUGUCUAUGAAAACCCAGUGGAGGAGAAAACAGUCUUCUUCUCAGGCAAUCAGAUGUGGGUUUACAAAGCCGAUGAACUGGAGAGAGGCUACCCCAAGAGGAUCUCCAGCCUUGAUCUUCCUGCUGACCUGUCACAAAUCGAUGCAGCCUUCAGCUUCAGGAAGAACAGGAAGACUUACCUAUUUGCUGGGGACAAAUUCUGGAGAUAUGAUGAAGACAGAAAGAAAAUGGAUCCUGGCUUUCCCAAACUUAUCGCUGAUUCCUGGAAUGGUAUCCCAGAUGGCCUCGACUCUGCCUUCAGUCUGAAUGGCAUCGAUUACAGCUAUUUCUUCAAAGGAAACCACUAUUUCAAACUAGAAGACAGCAGCUUGAAGAUCGUCAAGUUGGGUGAAAUCACAAAAGACUGGCUAGGUUGCUGAGCAGUUUACAAAAUGGCUCUCAGCAAGGUGAUGAUGGCCUUGUCUCAUAAGGACAUCAUCACAGUAUGGCACACAACUUGAGGUUGCCGCAGUGCACACUGUUGUUAGUUUUAUCCCGGCACGCUUCAGUGGGACACGUGUCCCUCCAGCCUGUAUAACCAGUCUCCAGCUCUGUGGAACGGCACAUCAAGACCUUUUUCACAGGGUGAACAUAUGCAACUGGAUAUUUGCUUUAUUUCUGUGUGAUUUUGUCAUUUUGUAAUGUUGAUGAAGAUCUAUAAAGAUAUGUACCCCAGUUUUAUUGUUUUUUUAAUAUUUUUUUUUUUAUCAUUUUUAAAAAAAUUCAGACAUCAGGUAUGUCUGCACUGCUUUGAACACAGUGCUGUUAGGUACUGUUAGAUAUUGCCAGUUUAUAAAAAUUUGAUUCUGAAUUAUAAGGAAUUCAUGUUGGCUAUGGAUUCCUUCUAAGUCCAUUGUAAAGAGCACAGUUUUAUAAAUAUAUCACUUUUGAUUAAUUUUCUCAUUGUUGUGCAAUACAUUUGAAAAAAUAAAAUUGCACAAUGUGACCGAAAAUGGUGCUUUUAGAGAUAGCUUAUCGCAUAUAGUCCUACAUGUAUCCUGUAUAUUUUAUAAUCUAUGUACCUAUGUCUGAUAGGGCUAUUUAGUGUCUUCUCUGUGUCAGAAAGUAGCAUUUGCAAGCACACAUUAUUCUUCAUUUUGGUAGCACUUUGUAUGGGACUAUAAAAGGGAACUGCACUGUAAGGAGACCAGAUAUUACCAUGGCAACUCCUUGUUGCAUUGCCCUUCAGUAAAGGUACAGGUUAUUGGCACAGGUUGCCCGUAGAUGAUAGAUUUUCUGUAUGAUAGAAUCAUGAUAAAAUUAAUGGAGUAGUAUUGUUUACUGAUGUUUUAUAUAUAUAUAUAUAUAUAUAUAUAUAUAUAUAUAUAUAUAUAUAUAUAUAUAUAUAUAUAUAUAAACAUUUUAUUUCUUGGGUUUUAACAGUAUAGUCAUUACCGUCUUGUGUUGUUUUUAAUGCUUGUGCACUUUGUUACUGUCAUCAAUAAAGAUGGUCAAUAUAUUGAA